AGCUCGCGUUUCAAGGCUUUAUUUCUCAGAGUAAAUCGUCCUCAUGAUUGUAAUGUAAUGGAAACGUAGAGAUCUAAGUUUAAAAUCGGUCGAAGACAUACUUCGUUACGUGCUGGUAGCUAGUUCGGUGGUAUUGGACCUCGAAACAGUCUGAAAUCGUAAACAAUGACAUUUCUAUUGCUGCUACAGAACAAAUCUCUGUAAAACUCAUGUUGACAAUCAGCCAACUUUUACGCAGUGAAUAAAUUUAUAAACUGAGCUACUGCAAGAAAAUGUAAAUUGCGUAUUCUUAGCUACGUCUGGAUAGAAAAAUAAGCGAUGGCUGUCAUUGAAGAUUAUGACUAUGACAUCCUUCGCACUGUUCCAUGUCACGCGUUGGGAUCAAAAAGUUUAGCCAAACUGUCCUCUGGCUUAAACGUUGAACAGGUCCUGCCAGGAAGAGGCGGCCAUUGCCGCGACUGGCGCGUUCUAGCUGAAUUAGUUUUACAUCACGAUAGGCUUAUGCAGCUGCGAGGAAACCCGGCCGCUCUGGAAGAAACACUUAAGGCCUGGCCGCGUGAAGCUACAAUCGAUCUAAUAAUUACAACUCUAGAAGCAGUAGAGCGAUUUGACGUAAUAGAUGACUGCAUUGAAUCGUUCCUGGAGGACUGCCGAAACUAUGAGAGCAGACGAACUAUUUGGGGCGAACCGUCAUUCUUGCAUGCUUCGAGCUUUCGGGCGUUUGUGGUUCAUUCACCGGAAGCAAAGGACACCAAUUUUGUGAUGCAGUUGGUGAAGCAAGUGGAAACUAAUCACGUUCGUCUUUUUAUUCCUGCACGAGACUUUCCAGCAGCGAUGUCGAACUAUCUGCAUAGACUCAAACAGAUAAUGGAACAUCGUUGCAGCAAGAUCAUUAUUGUGAUAUCGCGGGCGUUAGGAGCGGACGAAGACUCGAUGUCACUCGUCAUGAAAGCUGAAGAGAUACGCGCCAUGCAAAGCGGCAUCACGAACUCAAAAGUCAUACCUGUGAUUCUCGAACAAUGUCCUAAAGUGGGCUCUUCGUUAAUUAGUAUCAGUCCUGUCAAUUUUAGAAGUCAUAAUGACUGGGGGUGGCUUCAGCUAAAGCGAGCGCUCGAUAGUUAAGGUGAUUAGCUAAUAUAUGUAGCUGUCCCCAGCUCUUUAACCCGAGUUUAAAUAAACCUCUAUUUUAAAUUUAUGACUUGUUUGUCUUUUUCAAAUAAAUAAAUACUUACUUCACUUGAAA